CUCUCAAAUUACGCUCGGCGGAAAGAUUUGACGUGAAAUGACACGAGAGCGGCGAAACCUUCGGUUAAAAGAGUGCGGAGGAGGAAUGUGGACGAUUUCAGAAUGGUCGCGUGAGUCUGGGUGAGAUGCCGCGGGAGUGGGCGGGUGUUUUGUCGACACGGCUUAUGGAGGCGCUUUGCCCCCGUGGGCUUCAAGCGCCCCCCGCGAGAGACUUUGAUCGCAAAGUGGAGAUCAGAGCAGAGAAACAUGAGCAGCUACGACGACGCACGAACGCGACGUCAUGCCGGAUCCCCGCCCGGGAGUGGGACACGGCGCUGCUCAUGCAAACGCUCAAGAACCGGCGGCAAGUGGAGUUCUUGAGGAGGCGGUCGCUGCCCCAGCCGCCCCGGCCGCCCCCGCCGCCCGCGGCGCACGACGCCCGCACCAGCUUUCGCUUCCCCGGCGUCUCCGUCCGCUCGGUCUCUCGCACGUCGGAGCGUCCCGGCCCACGCGGCGACCCGGUUUUGAUGAAGAUGAUGGUGCAGGACGAAGGCUGCGCGGAGGUCACCCAGGCGCCAAAUAGUAAAGUAGACCCCGUCAACAAUGCAGACGCGACCCACAAAAGGAUGACAGAAGCCGCCGUCCAGACAGAGUCAGGCCUCGUCACCAUCGAAGAAUCGGAUAUUCUGCAAUUACAGGACUACAUGCAGGAAGGACUGUGGAGGGAGGAGGCCAUCAUGAAGAAAGUGGCGGCGCUGCAGGAGUUGUUUCUCCAGCUGCAGAACGCCUUGAACACGACGUGGAAAGCUCGCUGCAGCGAGGACGCGCUGAGAAACAAGGUCAAAGUUCUGGAGACGCAGCUGCAAGCCGGCCUGCAGAGGUUCCCCAAGGAGACCUCGAGGAAACUGGUGCUCCAAAUGAAGAAGCAGAGAGCGACGUUCGAGGAGAAGACCCCGAUGGACGUCCAGGACAAAAACGAGGACCUCGGCAAAACCGUCGCACUGAAGGAAGCGCUUCUAACUGCGAAAGAGGACGUCCAGAGGCUGCAGACCCUUUACGAGGAGCUGAUGCUCACCAGUCAAAAGCUCCGGCAGGAGCUCGACGCCAGCGGCGAACGAGCCCGACAGCAAGAAAGCCAGAUCGAGCUGUCUAGGAUCAGAGAAGCGACGGUGACCGAGGAGCUAGCGUCGCUGAGACGGGAGAAGAACGAGCUGCAGUUUCACCUGAGCCUGCAGGAGGAAUACUACCAAUUCGCUAAGGACCGAACGCAGUACCUCAACGAUGACAGCACGGAGAGACGGGACGUGAGCGUUCAGAGUACACCCGAGGAAGAGGAGGAAGCGUCGCCAAAAGGUGGCGACGACGUGGAGGAGGAACUUCUUCACACCCAGGAGGUGCUCCGCUCCGAGGAGAAGGAGGUGACGGGGACCGGGACACGGUCGCUCUUGCGUGCCGAAAUUGAAGAUACGAGCGCCGCGCGGUGGCAGCGAACCCAACUCCCGCAAGCAGACGGCAGUUUUCCGACGCCGCAGACUGAGCCGCAGGCCGCGGAGCGAGCGGUUGAGGCCGACCGGACUCCACCGGCGCAGCGCAGGGAAGAUCUCGGCGGAGUCGCUCGCAAACGCGGCAAAUCGACGUGGCGUGUCAGUCCGUGGAGUCUGUGCAGGCUCCUCCUCCUUUUUCUUCUUCUGCUCCUGUCGCUGUUGCUGUCCAUGGCCGCGGUCGGCGUGUGGCAGCCGUGGCACCCCGACGACUUCUGCUUCGACAUAAGGACAAAGAUGGAAAAUUGUUUCAUGCAAAUGAUCGACCCCCAAAAAUCUGGCUGUUUUAGGCCAAUUUGACCACAUCACUUUUGGAGGAUUUGCCAUAUUUCAUUUUUCCAAAUUGUCUUACUGUUAGCGUUAGUUGUUGAUAUUCAAUGUGUGAUUUAGAGGGAAAAAAAUAUAUACUUAUAACAAAAAUGUCACGGCUGAUUUUUUUUUAUAUAGAUUACAGUCAUCUAUUAUAAUUUAAUCUAAAAUUGUAAAUUGAAGUUCAAUCCCCCGUCCCCAAAUGUUUCACGAAUGUAUUUUCGCGCAGUGAAUAAACAAAAUAUACAAACCCAAUUCCAAUAAAGUUUACACAUUGAAUUAAAUGUGAAUCAAAAACAAAAUACAAUGAUUUUCAAAUCUGGAUUCACUGACGUUGUUUUUCGGAGGCCAUGUUGUGAUGUCGUUUACACCACAGGUGUCAAACUCAAGGCCCCGGGGGCCAGACCGGGCCCCCUGCGUGAUUUCAUGUGGCCCGCGGCGGCAAAUCACGCGUAUCAACUUCCGUGAUUUUUUUCAUUUUA